CCCUCCUCUCGGAUAUGACGCACCGGAGAAGCCUCCAGAUUUCCUGUGUUCCCCUCUGCAGCAGAUCGGCUGCCAGGACCGACCCGGAAUCGAGUCUCGGGGUCCGAGACAGACUGCACACAGCGACCGGGGAGCCGACAGCCAGCGCCGCUGCGAGAGUGACUCUUCACCGCAGCAUUGAUAUUAGAUGAGUGUGCGGGGAGCUGUGCUGCUGUUCCUAGACCCUCUGACAAAGGCUGCUGGGAGUUGUAGUUUUCCUGACCUGGACCUUGUGUGAGGGAGAGAGGAGAGGAGAGAGAGAGAGAGAACGUUUUGCACUAUUAGCAGAGGGCGUUGGUGGCCCGCCUAUUAUGUCAGUGGACAUGAACAGCCAGGGCUCCGAGAGUAACGAGGAUUUCGAUGGCAAUUCAGAGGAGGAGGAGGAGGAGGAGGAAGAGGACCCGGGGGACAUCGCUGAUUAUUACGAGGGUGUCGCGGGAGACAUGGAGCAGCAGGGGGCUGACGCCUUCGACCCCGAGGAGUACCUGUUCACCUGCCUCACCUACCGGGAGAGCCAGAGAGUGCUGAGCGAGCAGGUGAACAGCAUGGCCUCCACACUCAAGGUCCUGCCUGCAGUAGCUAAACUGGUCUUAGUGCACUUCCACUGGCAGCUGACUGAUAUCCUGGAGAGGCACAAGUCCAACUCUGCACAGCUGCUGCUGGACGCACACGUGCAGCCCGCCCCCUGUAACCCUGUGAGUGCGCACGCUGCGCCCCCUCACUCCUCUCUGCACUGCGGAGUCUGUCUGCAGCUCGUCAGGAAGGAGAGCCUGCUCGCCCUGCCCUGCCAGCACCCCUUCUGCAAGAGCUGCUGGGAGCAGCACUCCACUGUGCUGGUCAAGGACGGGGUGGGAGUCGGAAUCUCCUGCAUGGCGCAGGAGUGCCCGCUGCGCAUGCCAGAGGACUUUGUGCUCCCGCUGCUGCCAAGCGAAGAGCUGAGAGAGAAAUACCGGCGCUACCUCUUCAGGGACUCCGUGGAGAGUCACUACCAGCUGCAGCUGUGUCCGGGAGCGGACUGCCCCAUCGUGAUCCAGGUGCAGGAGCCGCGGGCUCGCAGAGUGCAGUGCAGCCGCUGCAGCGAGGUCUUCUGUUUCAAGUGUCGCCAGAUGUACCACGCCCCCACGGACUGCACAACCAUCAGGAAGUGGCUGACGAAGUGUGCCGACGACUCGGAAACAGCCAACUACAUCAGCGCACACACGAAAGAUUGCCCCAAGUGUAAUAUCUGCAUUGAGAAGAACGGCGGCUGCAAUCACAUGCAAUGCUCCAAAUGCAAACAUGAUUUCUGCUGGAUGUGCCUGGGCGACUGGAAGACUCACGGCAGCGAGUAUUACGAGUGCAGCCGCUACAAAGAGAACCCUGACAUCGUGAACCAGAGCCAGCAGGCGCAGGCCCGCGAGGCGCUCAAGAAAUACCUCUUCUACUUCGAGAGGUGGGAAAAUCACAACAAGAGCAUGCAGCUGGAGGCACAGACCUACCAGAGGAUCCAGGAGAAGAUCCAGGAGAGAGUCAUGAACAACCUGGGCACCUGGAUCGACUGGCAGUACCUGCAGAACGCAGCCAAGCUGCUAGCCAAGUGCCGAUACACGCUGCAGUACACCUAUCCCUACGCAUACUACAUGGAGUCCGGCUCCCGUAAGAAGCUGUUUGAGCACCAGCAGGCCCAGCUGGAGGCGGAGAUUGAGAAUCUGUCCUGGAAGGUGGAACGAGCCGACAGCUACGAGCGCGGAGUGAGCCUCACCGAGGGGGAGCUGUCCAGCUGCGACAGAGGGGAUUUAGAGAAUCAGAUGCACAUCGCAGAGCAGAGGAGACGGACACUGCUGAAAGACUUCCACGACACCUGAGCCCUGAGCGAGCGAGAGGGACAGACAGACAGACAGACACAGAGGUCUUGCGACACAGAGGCCCAGACAGCACGCCAGGCUGCAGGACACACACCCCUCCUCUUCAUCCCUCUUUUUCUCAUCUUUCACUUUCUAGAUACCUGACUUCUGUGUGCCUCCCCUCACUGUAGUUAACUGCAGUAUUGAAGCUGAUGUGCUGUAGUAAACUGCAGUAUUGAUGCUGAUGUGCUGUAGUAAACUGCAGUAUUGAUGCUGAUGUGCUGUAGUAAACUGCAGUAUUGACGCUGAUGUGCUGUAGUAAACUGCAGUAUUGAUGCUGAUGUGCUGUAGUAAACUGCAGUGUUUUGGACACAAUGUGCCGUUUGUUCAUUUUUUUGAGGGUUUAUUAUUUAUCUUUUUAAUAAGAAAAAAAAAGGAAGCUGUGAAUGUUUAUAAAACUAGAAACGGAUCCAGCGUGAUGCUGUGUUUCACCUCCACUCAUCUCCUGGGCUGUGGCUUAACUUUGCAUUGGAGCCAAAUCUGGAAAACCUAGCCUGGAUUUCUAAUGUAGUAAUUGUGCAGUACAGUGCAGUAUACUGCAUUGACAGACAGACUAGCCCCUCCAUAGUGAUGGUAUUGACAGACAGACUAGCCCCUCCAUAGUGAUUGCAUUGACAGACAGACUAGCCCCUCCAUAGUGAUGGCAUUGACAGACAGACUAGCCCCUCCAUAGUGAUGGCAUUGACAGACAGUCUGCUUUCUGUCUGUGUUAAGCACUCCCUAUGCUUCAUUUAGAGAGGCUAAAGAAACGUUCAGAUUUAUUUGUUCCUGGUUUCUGACAGUAUCAGUAUUGAGUGUGUCAUGGCUGCAGUAUUGGCAUGGUGUCCAUCCCACUGCAGUAUCUCACCCUCCUGUCUCUCUCUGUGUCCUCUCUCUGUCUCCUGUCUCUCUCUGUGUCCUCUCUCUGUCUCCUGUCUCUCUCUCUUUCUCUUUCUCUCUCACCUGCUUUCUUCUCUUUUGGUUUUUUCUUUCUUUUGAAAAUGGCUGUUUCAUAGUAUUAGGUCAUUGAAAAACACUUGUAAUUUUCAAAAGUUGUACAUGAAUACAGAACUAGAAUAACAGAAAACAACAUUUUUAAAAGUUUGCUGGCUGAGUGUGUUUUGUUCAGGUGUUUUAAGAACAAGAAUAAAAAAACAAACAUAAGAACUUGAAAAUAGAUUUAGAAAUGCUGAAAGAAACUCUCGUAAAUUCAAAGGCAGACAUUUCAAACUCCCUCUUUCUCUGUGUCUUCAAGUUUAUUUCAGUAUUUCUGAAUCUACCACUGUUGAGUGUUUUCUAGUUAUGGAUGCAACUUGACAAUAAAACGAAUUCUGUGUUGUUAAAGUUUA